AUGGACACGUUGAUAAGUGAUAACGGACCGCAGUACACCAGCGCAGAAUUUGCCAAAUUUACAUCAGCAUAUGGAAUUUUGCACAUAACGUCAUCACCGUUACACCAGCAACCCAACGGUCUUGCGGAAAGAGCAGUACAAACUGUGAAAAAUAUAAUCCACAAAUGUCAGGAAACAGGAGACGACGUGUAUCUCAGUUUGCUAGAUCUUCGUAAUACACCAAGAGACAAUGACACAGGAUCGCCAUCACAGCGCCUAAUGGGACGGCGAGCCAAAACUAGACUACCGAUCACAACUAAACUGCGUCAACCAUCAUACAUUGCGCCAGAAACCGUUACGUCAAAACUCAUGGACUAUCGGUCAAAACAGAAACAAUAUUAUGAUCAAGGCACAAAGAAACGCGAAGAGCUCAAACCUGGAGACUCAGUAAGAAUAAAAACACCGGGAGGAUGGAAACCCGCAGAGUUUGUAGGUCCUGCAAAUUACCCACGUUCUUAUGUAGUGAAAGCAGGUAACAGCGGAAGAGAAUACCGUAGAAACUCAAGUAUGCUGAUGAAAACGCGAGAAGAUUCAAUCGUGGUUCGACCAAAUGACCAACCACAAAUGCGAGAAGAUCCAAUCAUGGUUCAACCAGACAACAAACGACAAUUAACAGUACCGAUCGGUGGGUCAAAACCCAAUCAAUAUGGCAGCACACUUGCUACUGCAAAAUGA